AUGAAUUUAAUAUUUUUGGUUAAACUUAUUAUAUAUGUCCUUAUAAUAUGUUGUGAAUAUUACCAAAAUGAGGUGAAUAAGAGCGAGAAUAUAUUUAAAAAACACAAUGAGGUAAUUACACUGCCAUCAAGAAUUAAUAGAUUAUUAGCAGAAUCUAAAGCAGGACCAAGUACGAAUCCUCUAAGUUUACGUUGUCGAAAAGAAAACGAAUUCGAUACUGAAUCACAAAAAGAAAAAUUGGAAGAAUAUAUAAAAGAAAAUAUUAAUAAUAAUAAUAUGAUUGAUGACGACGAUGAUGAUGAUGACGAUGACGAUGAUGAUGAUAACGAUGAUGAGAUAGAAUCGGAGAACGAAGGAUAUUCUUCGAAUUAUCGAACAUACAGUAAACGAGAUUACUUAACAAGUGAUUAUAUACCAAAGUCCGGAUUAUUUAAGUAUAUUAAUAAAAAAAAAAUAAAAAAAUAUAUAACCAAUACUCAUAUGGCAUUAGGAUCUCUUGGUAUUUCAGUUUUUACGAUUGGUUUUCCAGUUAAAUUCGCAAUUUCAAGAGACAUGGGUGAUGCUGGUGCUGCUGCUGGUUGGGUUUUAAGCUCAGUUGGAUGGGGAUAUUUCGGAAAACUAUUGUAUAACGUGUUUUUUAAGACCAGAAAGGUAAAUAUUUAA